GCAGGAAACGCCGAGGCUUCCACCGCGGCGGUGGGGAGAAACAGAGCACCAAGCCCGCUUCUAGUUCCGGACCAAGCUCUUGGACUUGCCAUUUUCCCAUCCCUAAAUUGUGGUCUCCUGGAGCAGUGUGAGCACGCACACUGCAGUGCAGCUUUUGCUUUUAUUUAAUCCCUCCAUUGUGGGAUAGGAGCUCCGACCGGCGUCCGGGGGCGGAACACUAUCCAGCGGCUGUGAACUGUGGACUUCUUCGGAGCAACGGCCGUUUGGAAUCAGCGUGCUUUGGUGGGCCUCCAGGCUCCACGCUGGUGCUGAGACAGGAUGAAGAGGUUCAGAAGACACGGCCACGAGUCCCACAGAGAUCGACUAAAACAAGACCUCUUCCAGUUUAACAAGACUGUGGAACAUGGAUUCCCCCACCAGCCCAGUGCUCUGGGGUACAGCCCAACUCUGCAACUCCUGGCUAUUGGUACUCGUUCUGGGGCCAUCAAACUUUAUGGAGCCCCUGGUGUGGAGUUCAUGGGUCUACAUGAUGAGAACGCUGCUGUCACUCAAGUGCACUUCCUCCCUCACCAGGUUGAACUGGUGACUCUGCUGGACGACAACAGUUUGCACAUGUGGACUUUGAGAGCCCAUAAAGGUCUUUCUGAGCUGUUGGAAAUAGGACGCUUCACUCUCACGGGACCGCCUGGUGCCCCUCCAAGUGUGACCAGAGUGACAGCAGUGCUCGCCCACUCUUCCGGAGAGCUGCUGCUGCUGGGGACAGAAGGUGGACACGUGUUUAUAGUUGAAGUGCCAGGGUUUAGAGAACUGGAGGAAAGGAACAUCAGUCUCGACCAGGUGGCCAACAGUGUACCAGACGACUACAUCGGGCGCAGGAAUCUGGAGCACGUGGAAGCCCUACAGGAGAACCCAGUCAAUGCAAACCAGGUGGUUAUUGGUUAUGGACGAGGCCUGACGGUCAUCUGGGAUUUGGAGAAACGCUGUGCCCUCCAGCACAUCCCUGCCACUCAACAACUGGAGAGUGUGUGGUGGACAGAAGACGGCUCCUACAUUCUGAGUUCACACAGCGAUGGCAGCUACUGUCGAUGGAUGGUAGGUGAGGAAGACGAGAACGAAGAGGAGGAGAAGUCUGACAUUCCAUAUGGACAUUUCCCCUGCAAAGCCAUUUCUAAGAUAGUUCAGCUUCCGACAGAAGCAGGGCCGCCGUUCCUCCUGUUCAGCGGGGGAAUGCCGAGAGCUAGCUACGGAGACAGGCACUGCAUCACUGUCAUCCACGGUAAAACCCACGUUGCUCUGGACUUCACCUCCAGGAUCAUUGACUUCUUCGUCAUCAAAGAUGGACCAAAGCACACAGGAGAUCCCACCGCGCUGGUGGUUCUAGUAGAGGAAGAGCUUGUGGUGAUUGACUUGCAGACGGAAGGCUGGCCCGUCAUCCAAACCCCAUACUUGGUGCCACUGCACAGCUCCCCCAUCACCUGCUCGCACCAUGUAUCUGCCAUCCCUCUUAAGCUGUGGGAGAGGGUCCUGGCUGCUGGAGAGCUGCAGAACACACACUACUCCAAGAAGCCUUGGCCCAUCACAGGAGGGAGCAACAUGGCCCCGGACCCUCCUCAGAGAGACCUCCUGCUCACUGGGCAUGAAGAUGGAUCCGUGCGCUUCUGGGACGCAUCAGGGGUUUGUUUGUAUCCAAUGUACAAGUUAGGCACAGCUGGAGUCUUUCUCACAGACAGUGACCCCAACGACAACAUGAAUCAGGGCACAGAGGGGGAGUGGCCACCGUUCAGAAAGGUGGGUUGCUAUGACCCAUACAGUGAUGACCCGAGACUUGGCAUUCAGAAGAUCCACCUUUGUAAAUAUAGCGGUUAUCUGACGGUAGCAGGCACGGCAGGACAGAUUUUGGUGCUGGAGUUAAAUGAUGAAGCAGCAGAGCAGACAGUUGAAGCCAAGGUUGUGGAUUUGCUACAGGGCCAAGAGGGUUUCCGCUGGAAGGGCCACACUCGUCUGGAUGUGCGAGAAGAGCCUGUGCUUUUUCCUGCCGGCUUCCAGCCUUUCACUCUUGUGCAGUGCCAGCCUCCUGCAGUGGUCACUGCCCUCACGCUUCACUCUGAGUGGAAGCUGGUAGCUUUCGGCACCAGCCACGGCUUCGGCGUCUUCGAUUAUCAACAGAGGAACAACGUUCUCAUCAAGUGCACCCUAAACCCCAACGACCAAAUGGCCAUGGAAGGUCCUCUGUCGAGGGUCAAGAGUAUCAAGAAAUCCCUGCGACAGUCAUUCCGGAGAAUCCGACGCAGCAGAGUGUCGCUGAGGAAGCAUCAUGUCAACAACGCUGCCAAGCUCCAGGAGGCAAAUGCUCGUCUAGAAGCUGAGCUGGCAGAGAUGGAACUCGCCCCAGUCCAGAGGAAGAUCGAGGCCCGCUCCUCAGACGACUCUUUCACUGGACUUGUACGGACUCUUUACUUCGCCGACACAUUUCUCUCUGACAGCUCUCACAACACACCGUCCCUCUGGGCGGGUACGAACGGCGGUUGUGUGUACGCGUACAUGCUCCGGCUGCCUCCUGUGGAGCUGAGAGCCGACGAGCCGGUCACCGCACAUUCGGCUAAGGAAAUCCAGCUGAUGCACCGCGCUCCAGUGGUCGGCAUUGUGGUGUUAGAUGGGCACGGGUCCCCUCUCCCUGAACCUUUGGAGGUGGCCCACGACUUGGCCCGCUCCCCAGACAUGCAGGGCUCCCACCACCUGCUCGUUGUAUCUGAGGAACAGUUCAAGGUCUUCACCCUGCCAAAGAUCAGUGCUAAGAUGAAGCUGAAGCUCACAGCGGUGGAUGGCUCCAGAGUGCGGCGGGUGGGCGUGGCCUGGUUCGGCAGCAGUCGCUCGGAAGACUAUGGGGAGAGUGGCCUGGUGGUUCUGACCAAUCAGGGCGACGUCCAUGUGGUGUCGCUGCCGGGAGUGAAGAUGCAGGUUCAGUAUCCGUGCAUACGCCGGGAGGAUGUCAGCGGCAUCGCCUCCUGUGUGUUCACCAAACAAGGCCAGGGCUUCUACCUGAUCUCUCCAUCAGAGUUCGAGCGUUUCUCGCUAUCCACUCGCUUCAUGGUGGAGCCUCGUUGUCUGGUGGAGGUUCCUCUUGUGUCCGGUUCCUCUCUACGAGGCAGACACCCACUGAACUCUACUUCAUCUUCGAACAGAGGUGAGCUCCCGGAAGGUGACGAUCCAGAGAGCGCAGCUAGACGUGUUAUGGAGCAUGCUUUGCUGAAUGAUGAGAAAGUACUUCAGGAGAUCCAGAAGUCUCUAGAAGGUGACCAUACGUCUUAUGUGGAAAACAAUGUGAAGAAUUCUGUAGCUUGAUCAACGCGGCUGUAAACGCGAGGUGACAGGACGUAGCAGAGCUGCAGCAGUGCCCCCAUCGCCUGCCUGCCACAGUGACCACUACUGACCCCUCCUUUCCCCCCGACUGACCUGUCCCCUCCGCUCCCCUCCUCACUCGCAGUGAAGCUGAAGGAAGAGACACCACCUGUGCCUAAAACGUCACACACACACACCUGCCAGCAUCACGCCAGAAAAUAUCUUUGUUUUGUCAAGAAAUUCAUAAAGCUUUAAAGCUCUUUGUUGCCAUGAGCGAGUAAAAAGAUGAGUUUUUUUUUUUUUUUUAAUCCUAAUGGAACAUAGUCUCAAUUUUCUAAUUUAUUUUAUUCAAUUUCAUGGUUUUAUUCUGUUUUACCGUUUGUUUGUUUUUAGCACCAGCAGCAAACAUUGAUUCUAAUUUAUUCAUUUCUGUUUUGAUGUGUGACUUGGUGUGGAAAUCAUCCCUUUUACUCAGCUGGUGGCGUCAAAGAGCUUCAGUCCACACUACUGACUUGGAAAUGUCGUCAGUAAAUAUUCAACUGUAGCUGCGCAGGUUAAAAAAAAAAAAAGGUUGUUCAAAGCAAGUUUUUAAUGUGAGCAGUCAGACAGGCGCCUCCCUCCCGUCCACUCAUGCUGAUGCACACUUUGCAAUGCUGUAAUGUGUUUUUUUGUUUUUCCAGGGGUAAAUUUUUCUUUUGGGCUUUUUUUAAUUUGAAUUAUUUUUCAUGUACAAUGUCUUUCUUUUCUACACAAGCGAUGUAUAUUGUAAUUUAGGAGUGUAAUGUAGUGAAAUGUUUUAAUAUAUACAGUGACUGGGCGUGUACCUGUGGGCCUGUUCUACUUGGGGUUGGCUGCUACUGAGGAAAUAUUUUGGUACGGUCUCAGAUUACUGGCUGUUUUAGAAUCUGACUAGAAUAUAUUUUUGUAGCAAACUGAUUCAGAACCCUAAUUUUUAUAUAUGUAUAUGUAAUGUCACACUACACUUCUUUUGUGGAUGAUUAAUACAUGUUUUCCCAAGAUGCUUCACGUCUCUUUUUCUUGUUGCAUAGAUGAGGUUAACCCAAGUAAAU